CUCAAGGACCCCACUUGAAGGCGGCUCCUUUGAAGGCUUAUCUUUUUACGUGUUUCCUCUCAUGUCUGGCAACCCGGACCCAAAAACCAGCUGAUCUCCGUAAACAGCUCCUGACGGGCUGCUGCGGCUGUUUCAGACUGCCAUGCCCGAAGCCUGGAUGACCUGAGGCACUCACUGAUAACAGGAUCCAGACCUGCAGCUCCUUAUGGCUGUGUAUGAUGAGAACAUCCUGAAGAACCCUUUCUACGUGGCCUUAGAGAAGCAGAGACCCGACCUCUGCAGCCGAGUGGCAGAGUUCCACGGCAUCGUUCUGGUGCCUUGUUGUGGAAGUCUGAACGUCAGCAGCUACGCAGACUCUCAUUUUGACAGCUAUGUGCUGCAGCCUGCGGAGGACGGAUACCAGACGGCAGAUGGAAAGGAGGUCAGGAUCCAGGACAGGCAGGUCCUGCUGGGAUCCGGCUUCCCGGCCCUGUUGUCGGUCCCCAUCCUGUUCGAGGAAACCUUCUACAACGACCAGGAGCAGAGCUACAGCAUCCUGUGCAUCUCCAGGCCCGUGGAGGUGAACCCGAGCCCAUCCGAGCUCAGCCCGCCGCCCCCCUACUGCCUGAAGAGCCUGGAGGACGUCAGGGAGUUUCUGGGCCGCCACGCCCAGAAACUGGACAAGUUCAUCAUCAACUUCUGUCUGGCCUUCAAGGAGCAGGAGAGGAAAGGACUCCGACAUCACAUAGACUCGGUGAACGGUCUUUACACUAAAUGUCUUCAGUGUCUGCUCAGAGACUCUCGCCUGAAACUUCUGGCAAAGCAGGAUCUGCAGAUGACUCUCCUCAAACAGGCGGUGGAGAUGUAUGUCCAUCAUGGUAUCCAUGAUUUAAUUUUUAACUUUGUGGGAACGCUUGAAGCCAGCCAGGAUGCUGCCUUCAACAAAACCAGCCGCAGUUUUCAGGAGCUGCAGCAGAAGGACCUUGGAGUCAAGCCGGAGUUCAGUAUAAACUUGUCUCGGGCAAAGAGAGAGCUGAGUCAGCUCAACCAGCAGACCUCCCCCCUCCUCAAACUGCUAUGCCUCCGCAGAGUCGCCCUGACCGCCACCCAGACCCCCAGACGCACCGUCAGUAUAGAGGCGGUGUGUGCAGACGACCUGCUGUCUGUCAUCCUCUAUCUGCUGGUGAAGACUGAAAUCCCAAACUGGAUGGCCAACCUGAGCUACAUCAGGAACUUCUGCUUCAGCCACUCUAGCAAAGACGAGCUCAGUUAUUGUCUGAGCACGUUCGAGGCAGCCGUGGAGUACAUCAACCUGGGGAAGCUGCAGGACACGCACCAUGGCUCAGGUGAGCUGAAUGAUAAGGCCAUGUUCAAGGAGAGGAUGAGUCUGCUGUCUCAGAGCUCUGCCACGCCCAUCCACUGUCUGUUUGAGCACAUAGCAAAUGGGAACGAAUCUGAGGUGGAACGUCUGCUGAGUGAGGGAGAGAGCAACGAGGAGGCCAGGAUGUGUCAUCCCCUCUGCUCCUGUGACCUCUGUGACCUCCAGCUGUCCGGGCGGUUAAACGACCCGUCCAUCAUCACUCCGUUCUCCAGAGAUGACCGCGGUUAUACUCCGCUGCACGUCGCUGCCAUCUGUGGUCAGUCCCAGCUGAUCGACCUGCUGGUGUGUAAAGGGGCGCCGGUAAACGCCACGGACUACCAUGCGCUCACGCCACUGCACCUGGCCUGCCAACGAGGAUACCAGGGAGUCACGCUGCUGCUGCUGCACUACAAGGCGAACACAGAGGCUCAAGACAACAACGGGAACACCCCGCUGCACCUCGCCUGCAUGUACGGCCACGAGGACUGUGUGAAGGCCUUGGUGUACUACGACCUCCAAACUUGCCGUCUGGACCUGCACAACGAUAAAGGCGACACAGCUCUGCACAUGGCGGCGCGCUGGGGCUACGAGGGAAUCAUCCAGGUGCUGCUGGAGAACGGAGCGAGCACCGACAUCCUCAACAAGAACAAAGACUCGCCGCUGCAGUGUGCGCUCAACUCCAAGAUCCUCAUGUUGUUGAGGUCGACUCAGAACGGAUGUGAGCGCAGCGGCAGUGGACUCGAUUCUCCCUGUCGCUCCCCUCAGGCAUCCGACUGCAGCAGCCGCCGCUCCUCCAUCUCCAGCACCUCCUCUCUGAGCUCCGAGGUCAAACCAGAGGCAGAGCGUGUCCGACACAGAGAGGUGGAGAAGCUGCUGCGUGCUGUGGCAGACGGCGACGUGGAGAUGGUGCGUUACCUGUUGGAGUGGAUGGAUGAGGAGGAGGAAGACGAAGGAGAGCUGCGGUCCGAGGUUCUUCUCUGCCAUCCUCUGUGUCAGUGUCCGAACUGUGCUCCCACUCAGCAGCUGUGCGUCCUGCAGGCCGGGGCGCUCAGUGUCAACAGCUCUAACGUCGACGGUUUCACGCCGCUCCACGUCGCCACUCUGCACGGCCACGCUGGGCUCACCGGUCUGCUGAUCCGACACGGAGCCAACGUCAACGCACGCACCAACCAGAGCGCCACCCCGCUGCACCUGGCCACGCAGAACAGCCACAUCCAGGUCGUGAGGAUUCUGCUGGAGUGCAACGCCAAACUGAACAAGAAGGAUCACUAUGGCAACACUCCUCUGAUACACGCCUGUCUCUGUGGGAACGUGGAGGCGGCCACCAUCCUGCUGCAGAGUAAUGCGUUGGUGAACGUGGUGAACCUUCAGGGGAACACAGCCCUCCAUGAGGCGGUGCGCGGCGGACACCAGGCGCUGGUGGAGCUGCUGCUGAGGGGCGGAGCCUCCCCCAGCAUCAGGAACAAGAGACAGAGGACGCCGCUGGACUGUGCCUACGAACUGGGCGGGAAGAACACGGACAUCCUGAGAGCGCUGCAGAAAGCGUCUGGACUUUCUCCCGACGCUGAGCCCAUCAAACUCCUCUCCGUGCCCAAAGGAGCUCUGGCUCAUUCGUUCGUCCAGCGUCUGCGGCUGCAGGAUCACGCUAACGGCAGGAGACAGAAGCUGGCUCAGUCCAUCAGCAGGAUGCAGCAGAUGAAGAAAGGUUCCUCUGGUCCUCCUCCCAGGUCUUCUACAAACACAAACCAGGUGAAUCCAGAGAGGAGGAGGCUGAGGCGAGGGGAGACGGUGGAGGUCAGCAGCCCCUCUGUGAACCUCACUGCAGGACCUCGUCUGAGUCACCUGGGUCGCUGGCACACCCUGGACUCAGGUGAACACGCAGCGGAGCAGAAUCGGCCCAAACACUCCCCCAAAACAUCCGGAGUACCAACGUACAGACCUAAAAAACAGCCUGACGACGGCGACGCACACUCCUCUGACUCUAACUGCAGCGAGACCUCACCCUCUGCGUCCUCCAACGCUCCGUCACACUCGCCUGAAUCCUUCCCCACACACACCUCCGCCAACCACUCCGAGUCCAACGACCCCACAGAGCCGCCUGACAACUACGGCCCGGGUCUGAACGGGAAGUUGGAGUUACCCAAAGACCAGACGGGCACAGAAAACGAGGCGUUUCAGUCGGAGAGCAAGGACGGGGACUCCAGCUCCACGAUCCAGACGGACGAAGGCCACCAGAGAGACACCAACCAAACCGGAGAGACGAACUACGGAGGAUCCACUGAGAUGGAGAUGUUGUGAGACGAGAACGGAUUAUUAAUCUGAACUAGUAAAACAAAAUGUAGAUGUCACCGUCCCUCAGUGUUAGACGUCACUCAAACACCUGAAGAGUUCUGGUGGUAGACAGAAAUAGAAAAUGGGGAAAGACUUUUUCAUUUUGCAUUUCAAGGAGGAAGUGAAACUUUGAGGUCAAAAAAUAAAUCCAGACAACAUUUUUUGAAAGUUUACACUUCCCGACAUUCAAACAUAACUUUUGAUCAUUUCAUCACUUUUAUUUCAGGACAUCUCCUAAUCCAGACAUUUUGACUUUUCUUUUAUGAUUCUUACUUUAUUCUUAAUUAAUCAAAUGUAUUAAUAAAUAUUUAUUUACAUUUCGUUCUCCACAUUUCCAAUUUAUUUUCCACAUUAUGAACAACAUUUUGACUUCCGUUUCAACAUUUCAACGAAAUUCAUAGUUUUCUCUAUUUUUCUUCUUAAAGGAGCAGUAUGUAACUCUGACACCAAGUGUUUAAAACGGGUACUGCAGUCUGAAUUCUAAACAUUAUAGAGAGCUGUCUCCCCCCUGCAUGGGUCUGUAAACCUUUCUGCGUUCUAACCUCUCUCCAUUUUUCAAAAACAUCUCCAAUAUUGAUCCUAGUUUGAGCACGUUUCUGCUCGUGGAGCUUAUUAGAAACAUGCAGAGGCUUUUUAGGUCGGGUACAAUCACUUCUAUCUGAACCACUUCUCUUGCCCGCUUCCAUUGCUGCCGGUGGGAGACGGUGCUCUCCAAUGUUUUGAAUUUGGACUUUUUAAUUUUUUUUUAUUAGGUGAUGCAGAACAAUACAAGACAAGUGAGGGAUAUGACAAGAACAAAAGUAUGUAGGAGACAGGGGAGACACGACGAUACGAUGCACAGCAUAGACAAAGAGGAAACAGGCAGACAGGGAGUAAUAAUGUUUUGCAAUUUUGUGGUUUCCAACAUUUCAGCUUUCGUCUGAACAUUUCUGCUUUAUUCCUGAAAUGCAAAAUCAAAACCAACCCUUCCCCUCUUGUUAGUUCUUUGUACUUGUCCCAAACACAUUUCUGUAAAUUCCAGAUAUGUUCCUGUUGUAGAAAAAAAAAGCACACACACGUUUAGAUCAGCUCUCUGAUGUAGCUCUCCAGCUGCAAGUACCGAGCUGAUAAACACUGAAGCUACAUCUCUGGGAGAAAAUACACCUAAAGGUCACAAUCACUGGGACUGAUGAAUCGAUCUAAACGUUUCAACGACUUCAAACACAAGAAGGCAGGUUCAGAAGCUUGUGAGCGAUUAUUUUCUCUUUCAGUAAAACCCACCACCUCAAAUUCUACAAUCGACACCAUCAGUUGAGGACGUUGACUCCACUUACAAUUGUUCACUCGAGUCGCAUACUUUUAAUUUCUAGGUCCAUCGGCACACACUGAGAGAUGCAGAAACAUGAGAGUCUCCUCCUGUCCAGAGCAGACAGAUUCAGUGAUAGAGACAGAUAAAACAGCUGUACGUUAAAAGUUGGUGUUUCCUCACUGAUCUUUGGUCGAAACGAGACGUCAGGAGGAGCUGCUGCUAAGCUCUUGUUUAGAUUCAGCGUCCCUCAGCUUCCUCCAUUUCUAUAAAACAAGACCAUCGUUAAAAUCUGUUAUAUCAUAUAAUUAAAGGAGCAGUAUGUAACUCUGACGCCUAGUGUUUAAAAUGGGUACUGCAGUCCAAAUUCUAAACAUUAUAGAGAGCUGCCUCCCCCCCCUCUAGAGUCCAUGCUUACGCAGGUUGUCAUGUGGUGGACACUGAAGCUUCAUUCUUACUGUACCUCACUGAUUGGACCUUUAAGGAGGAUUGUUUUUAAUUUUAGUCUCUCGGAGGGUACAAGGCUGAACUCAGAGGGUGCGGGUUGACCUUUAGCUAACUCUUUCUCCCUGAAGCUGACUUAAAUGUUCCCUUUGGAUCCUUUUUUUAAAAUCAAACAAACAAAAUCUGACGGCUGGAAAUGUUAUGAAUGUCUGGCUGAUGGAAAGAAUCCGAUAAGGUGAAUCUUACAGGUAAAACUUGCGAUACACCAAGGCUGUGUCCGAAAUCACUCACUCAUUCACUACUCCCUAUUCACUAUAUAGAGAGUUUAAUGCAGUGGACAAUAUAGAGCACUCACUCAGCAAAAUUUAAAAACAUUUCGGACACUACUCGCUCACUCACCAGCCGCUGACAGUGACGUCAUUGUUGUCACGCAACUGAAACGCGCAGCUUAACAACGGCAGAGGAUCAACGGUAAAUAACAGCAUGAAUUUCCGUGAUAACUCAUAUUAUACUGAGUGUAUUUUCAUGAAAACAUUUACAAACAAUAAGUACUAAAAAUAUUGAAUUUUACAUAAUGAGACAUAUUUUCGGACCAAAACUAAAUUAUUUAUGCUCACAGACUCUGGUUUCUCGUCUGUCAUCAUCAUUAGGACAAACUAACAUCACUAAAGUUGAUGAUCUCUUAAUCUUUAUUAAAACUGAUCAUAGAUUUCAGUAAAACGCUCUGAAUAUGAACUUUAAUGAGUUUCUGUGUUCAUGCUGGUCGCUCCUCUCGUCCGUUUGAGAGCAGCCGAGUCAAACGGCACUCUCUGCUCGUAAAAAUCUUUUGAACCGCAAUGCAUGAUGGUAUAUAUUGCUCGCAUAGUGACCAUCGCUCAUACACUACUUUUCAAAAUUCAUUGUGGGAUACAUUGAGUGGACUAUAUAGGGUAUGACCAUGCUCACUCAGAAUUCGGACAGCACUGCAAAAUGGCGUGUCCACUAUAUAGUGGAUAGGGAGUGAUUUCGGACACAGCCCAAGGCUUUUAUUUGGUGCUAAACUGAAAGAUGAAGAAUGAAUUGCUGAUGAAUUUAAGCAAAACCAAACACAAACGUCCUUUCAGCUGCUUUGAACCGCUGCAGGGACAAAAGGAAAUAAACGUAGAUGUUGCAGAAGACCUGCAGAAAUAUUUAAAAUGCUUAUCAACUCUAUAAUUUUGAAGAGUUCUCUGUCCAAACGUCACAAGAUACAGCUUCUGGAGAAGGUGAAAUGUGUGACAGCUAGAAGUGAAGGUGUGCAGCGGAGCGCUCGAGUCCUUUCGUUAAAAUGUUCUGAUGUCCUUCACACCACUUUUUAAAAUCAGUCUGAAUGCCAAGAAGAAACAAAUGUUUGAACCAGCAGUCUGAGAAGUGUCCUCGUCAUGUCACCUGAGUUUGAAGCACUUUCUUCUUCACAGCUUCACGAGAACAAAAAAGGGAUUCAAACUGUUGACCUUUGAGUGAAAUGCUGCAUGAAUGUUUUUGUUUUAAGCUACUAGACUGUAGCUUUGAUUUUACCACACGACUUCAGUUUCUUCUUCUUUGUUUUACUUGAAUACUAGAAGUUUAUUUUGUGUGUUAAAAUGUGAUUGACAUAUCUGUUAACAUCUGUCGAGUACGGAUGAUUUGAUUUUAUUAAUGACGUGUUGUGUUCUCAGAGUUGCAACAUCUCCUUCGUGUUUGAAGUUAAAGAUCUCACAGCUGCUCUUAAUUUAAAGGUCACAUAUCAGGCAAAAUCCACUUCACCAUGUUUCUCUUACUCUAAUAUGUGUCUCUAGUCUGUCUACAAACCCCCCAAUGAUGAGAAAAGUCCAUCCUCUCCGUCUUUUGCCUGCUCCACUUUUCUGAAAAUGUGUGCUCAAACACGCCGUUUAGAGAUUUUCCCUUCAUGACAUCACAAAGGGCAGUAACCCCUCCCCCAGGUGGGUGACACUCCCACAGCUAGGUGUUUGUUCUGCCCUCUGAGUCUGCCUUCUCACCUUAAACAAUAGGACAUGGAGCGAGAAAGCCAGAGUACACCCAAGCACAUUCCAGGUAGGGGGCGUGGUCAGACACAGCUCAUUUACAUUUAAAGGUACAGACACAGAAACGGCCUGUUCUGAGCAGGGCUGAAAUAGAGGGGUUUAUAGACAUGAUCAAAUACAGGAUCAGAGUGGAUUAAGAACAAGAAACUUCACAUGUUUUGAGGAGUUCUGAGACUUAUUUACACUGGUUGAAGAGGAUAUGUCAACUUCAAUGUCAUGUUGAAAACAGAUCGAGCCUCUAUCACAGGUUUGAAGUCAGGUUGAUUUCCUCCUCGUCUGUCUGCAGGUGCAUUGAUCUAAAAACAGUCAGUGUGUUUUUUCAACUUGUCAGCAGUUAUGUCAAACAAAAAAUGAUUUUAUGUUAGAUAGAUAGCAAGCUCAGUCAUUUUCGCAAUAGUGUAAACUUAAUGAAACAGCUGUAGUACGUCACGUCCACUCCACCUUCUGUGUGUUUGACUGAAGACAGCUUCAGUAACCGUGACAACCUUUCGGUUCCUUUUCUGUGUUUCUGUGAGUUUUGGUCUCUGUCUUAAUCUCUGUUUGUUUCUGACCUCCUUUGAUUCACGUCGGCACACAAACACACUUGCAUAGUUUUCAGGAGAGCAGCCUCUUUGUGUCUCAGUGUCUAAUUUAAAGCCGAUAGAGAAAGAUGUCAAACCCCCGAUCAGAAGUCUUAAUUAUUUUUGUACCACUGUUUUUAUUUCAGGUUGAAUGUGUAACGAUGAUGUGAAUGUGCCUUAUUUAAUUCUCACCUAAAUAACCAAUAAUAAACCUGUCAUUGAGACUAA